AUGGAUAAUGUACGGAGUACCAAAACACAUUUGCCUAGGACCUCGGGCUUGUACCGAACUGGCGUUGACUGCAGGUGCCAAGAAUGGAUUAACUCUCGCAUGGAAGUAUUUGCGGUAGGAGAGACUAAGCGACAUCUCUUUUAUGGUUCUAUUUCUCAGGGUGUUGUUCUUUGGCAAGGAACGAACUUGAUUAUUUACGCGGCGAAAUGGGAGUGGUCGCUAGCCCGAAAGUCAAAGAGGAUUGGAUCUGAGCGUCGGCAUAUUGACGUGAGUGACGCUGUGGAGAUCUUGGCUCAGAUGGUACAGGAGAGUGGCGGCCCUCUCUCUUAUGAACUUGUGAAGUCUUGGAAUACGAUCGUUUACACCCCUUCAGAUGAUGCAGCGAUCAAACAAGUCGCCGAGGCUUUUGUUGCUCGGUUUGGCUAG